AUGGAUGCUGCGGGAAGGGGCUGCCAUUUGCUGCCCCAGCCAGAGGCGCGCUGACCUGCCCAGUCUCCUGCGUCACCGCCGCUCGGCCCCGGCCCCGGUCCUUGCAGCCUCUCCACCUCAGCUUGGUCCGUGGUUCCUGGGGCCGCCAACAUGAACACUAGCUCAGGGAGCGGAGAGGAGAAAGGGGCUGCCGGCAGCAGCAGCAGCGGAAGCGGCGGCGGCGGCGGCGGUGGUGGCGGCGGGAGCUGCUGCCGCGGAGCCGAGGGCGGUGUACCGGACACGCGGAGCGCAGGGGCUGGAACCUCGGCGGCGGUGGCGGUGGCGGCUGCAGCAGCCGCCCUGGAGGAGCCUCAGGCCACCGGUCAGAAGGAGAAGGACGAGGCUCUGGAGGAGAAGCUAAGAAACUUAACUUUCCGGAAGCAGGUCUCUUACAGGAAGGCAAUCUCUCGGUCAGGCCUCCAGCAUUUGGCUCCAGUGCAUUCCCUCAGCCUACCUAUUGCCAAUGGUCCAGCGAAGGAACCCAGAGCAACACUAGACUGGAGUGAGAAUGCUGUGAAUGGAGAACACCUGUGGCUGGAGACCAAUGUCUCAGGAGACCUGUGUUACCUCGGGGAGGAAAACUGUCAAGUCAAGUUUGCAAAAUCAGCUCUCAGGAGGAAGUGUGCAGUCUGUAAAAUUGUGGUCCACACAGCCUGUAUGGAGCAGCUAGAAAAGAUUAACUUCAGAUGCAAACCAACUUUCCGAGAAGGAGGCUCAAGAUCUCCUAGAGAAAAUUUUGUCCGUCAUCAUUGGGUACACAGAAGGCGCCAGGAGGGAAAAUGUAAGCAGUGUGGUAAGGGGUUCCAACAGAAAUUCUCCUUUCACAGUAAAGAGAUUGUGGCCAUCAGCUGUUCCUGGUGUAAGCAGGCGUUUCACAACAAGGUUACCUGCUUCAUGAUGCACCACAUUGAGGAGCCAUGCUCCCUCGGGGCUCAUGCUGCUGUCAUUGUCCCACCUACCUGGAUCAUUAAGGUGAAGAAACCUCAGAAUUCAUUAAAGGCUUCAAAUCGGAAGAAGAAGAGGACAAGCUUUAAAAGGAAAGCCAGCAAAAGAGGAGCUGAACCAGAAAAUAAAGGCCGACCAUUUGUGAUAAAACCCAUCUCCUCUCCACUCAUGAAACCAUUGCUCAUAUUUGUGAAUCCCAAGAGUGGAGGCAACCAGGGUACCAAAAUUCUUCAGAUGUUCAUGUGGUAUCUGAAUCCACGGCAGGUGUUUGAUCUUUCUCAGGAAGGGCCAAGAGAUGCGCUUGAGCUGUAUAGAAAAGUGCCGAAUCUUCGAAUCCUGGCCUGUGGUGGGGAUGGAACGGUCGGUUGGAUCCUUUCCAUCCUCGAUGAACUUCAACUCAGUCCCCAGCCUCCUGUUGGGGUUCUUCCUCUGGGUACUGGGAAUGACCUGGCUCGAACUCUCAACUGGGGAGGGGGUUACACAGACGAACCUGUCUCAAAGAUACUGUGCCAUGUGGAAGAUGGAACAAUUGUACAGCUAGAUCGAUGGAAUCUCCACGUAGAAAGAAACCCUGAUUUACCCCCUGAAGAACUUGAAGAUGGUGUAUGCAAGCUCCCCCUCAAUGUUUUCAAUAAUUACUUCAGCCUUGGAUUUGAUGCUCAUGUUACGCUGGAAUUCCAUGAAUCCCGAGAAGCAAAUCCGGAGAAAUUCAACAGUCGCUUUAGAAAUAAAAUGUUUUACGCAGGGGCAGCCUUUUCUGACUUCCUGCAGAGAAGCUCCAGGGAUUUAUCCAAACAUGUCAAGGUUGUGUGUGAUGGAACAGACCUCACCCCAAAGAUUCAGGAGCUGAAGUUCCAAUGUAUAGUGUUUUUAAAUAUACCCAGGUACUGUGCAGGCACAAUGCCUUGGGGAAAUCCAGGAGAUCACCUGGAUUUUGAACCUCAGCGCCAUGAUGAUGGCUAUAUUGAGGUCAUUGGAUUCACCAUGGCUUCUUUGGCUGCCCUGCAAGUUGGAGGCCAUGGAGAAAGACUGCAUCAGUGCCGGGAAGUUAUGCUGCUAACGUACAAAUCCAUCCCUAUGCAAGUGGAUGGAGAGCCCUGUAAGUUGGCCCCUGCUCUGAUUCGGAUAUCCCUGAGAAAUCAGGCCAACAUGGUGCAGAAGAGCAAGAGGAGGACGUCCAUGCCUUUACUUAACGAUCCCCAUUCUGUCCCAGACCGCCUGCGGAUCCGAGUGAACAGAAUUAGUUUACAAGACUAUGAAGGCUUGCACUAUGACAAAGAAAAGCUCCGGGAAGCUUGCAUAUCAUUUUGGAUGUCUUCUGGAGCACUCUUUCUUUUCUCCCAACUCUCAGCUAUCCCUCUGGGUAUUCUAGUUGUAAGAGGAGACUGUGAUUUGGAAACUUGCCGCAUGUACAUUGACCGCCUACAGGAGGAUCUGCAGUCAGUUCCUUCUAGUUCCCAGAGAGUUCAUUACCAGGAUCAGGAAACCUCUUUCCCCAGGGCGCUUUCAGCUCAGAGACUUUCCCCCAGGUGGUGCUUCCUAGAUGCUACUUCUGCUGAUCGCUUUUAUCGAAUAGACAGAGCUCAGGAACAUUUGCACUUUGUGAUGGAAAUUUCACAAGAUGAGAUUUUUAUUCUGGAUCCAGAUAUGGUGGUAUCACAGCAAGCAGGGACACCGCCAGGGAUGCCUGAUCUGGUGGUGGAACAAGCUUCUGGGAUGUCAGAUUGGUGGAACCCUGCUCUCCGAAAACGCAUGCUGAGUGAUAGUGGGCUGGGAAAAAUGUCACCACACUUUGAGGUCUCUGAGAAGAAAGACUUCAGCCACUCACACAUGCUACCGUCACCAGUCUCUUCAGAAGAUCAAGCACUUGUACAGGCAGUCAUAGCUGGAGAUCUAAUGAAGCUCAUCGAAUGCUAUAAGAAUGGAGGCAGUCUCCUAAUCCAGGGACCAGAUCACUGUUCACUCCUUCACUACGCAGCUAAAAUUGGGAAUGGAGAUAUUGUGAAAUACAUCCUUGACCAUGGUCCUUCUGAAUUAUUGGAUAUGACAGACAGUGAAACGGGAGAGACAGCAUUGCAUAAGGCUGCCUGCCAGCGGAACCGGGCUGUCUGCCAACUCCUGGUGGAUGCAGGGGCAUCUCUGAGAAAGAGGGAUUCCAAGGGCAGGACCCCUCAAGACAGAGCCCAGCAGGCUGGGGACCCAGAUCUGGCUUCAUAUUUAGAGAGUCGUCAGAGCUACAAGAUCCUUACCCAUGAAGACCUAGAGACUGCAGUUUGACUCAGGUAGAAGGAAGAAGGGAACUCUGGUGAGAAUUAGCAACAAUGCCCCUUGGCAGUCCAGCAGCUCCUGCGGAAGAAACUGAUGGAAUCAAUGUGUCUAUCUUUAUCAUGCAAGAUAUCUAUCUGAGGACAUGCCACCAGUUUCUAAGGGCUACUGAGAUGCACCACAGAAUACCGUCGCCCCCAGGGAAUGAGGCAGGAUUCAUGGAGGUUUGUGGAAUACCUGGUCCACAAAAUUUGAUCCUUAAUGCUUCCAGCAAGUAGCAUGAACUUCUGUGUUCACCUGUAUAAUUUAUUUUAAAGUCAGAAAGGAUGUUCCUAUAAAUGGCACUGCUCCUCUUUCCCCUUCUGCACAGAGUGGCCCUACAUCCACACAGCCCUACUCCUACUAUCUGUUGGUUGGUUUUAAAUUAAAAGGAUGUCUGUUCUCUUAACAGUCAGGCUUCACAGCUAAUGUGGUUUCUGGAAGGACUUUCAAGGAGCUCUGGAUGGCCCACAAAACAUGACUCGGCUUUAAUUUCCUAUGACUAAAUUCAUCUAAAAUAUUUAGUGACUAGGGAGUGU